UUUAUUUCCCUGUUGCUGUCACAAGGCGACACCCCUCUGCACGCGCACGCAGUGGAAUGUUCCGCCAGGCUCUGGGCUCUGUUGUUGUGCAGAGCUGCAGAAGGCCUGAGAGAGGCAGCCACACACACUCGGACAGCCGAGCACGGCUACGCAGACACACACAAACACACACUUGGACCUGGACGGACCUUUUUGUCUCCUUUCCAUCGCCUCAGGUGGCCCGGCCUUGGAGGACGGGGAAGGGAGGGCAGGAGGACUGGAGUGACCGAGGCAAGGUGAAGGAGGCGAAGGAAGGAAGGAAAGGAAGGGAGGAAGGUGGCAAAGGGCGCCUCUGACAUUAAAAGUCUCGCCAUCAGCUGGUUUUUGUCCUCCAUCCUACUUGGAGAAAGAGGACAGAGCCACGCAGGAGAAGGAGGAGGAAGAAGAGGAGGAGGAGGAGGAGGGGGGAGACAGUAACCCUCUCCUCUCCUUUCACUCAGACACAUCAGCAACAUCCAAACACCGGGAGAGGAUAAAAAAGGCGCCUCCUCUGUUCGAUUUCGGUCCCUCGGCCAGCGAGCGGCUCACAGGUUCCGCUCAUGUCAGUGAACUCGGAGAAAUCCUCGUCCCCGGAAAGGCCUGAGACGCAGCAGAAAGCCUCGGUGAGUGUCCCUCCUCCCCCGCCGCCCCCUCCGCCUCCCCCUGAGCCGGCGGGGCCCCCGGAGCCAGAGGAGGAGAUCCUGGGCUCCGAUGAUGAGGAGCAGGAGGACCCAGCAGAUUACUGCAAAGGAGGCUACCAUCCGGUCAAGAUCGGGGAUUUGUUCAACGGGAGGUACCAUGUGAUCAGGAAGUUGGGGUGGGGUCAUUUCUCCACCGUAUGGCUGUGCUGGGACAUACAAGUGAAGAACUUUGUGGCCAUGAAGGUUGUGAAGAGCGCCCAGCAUUACACAGAGACGGCCUUGGAUGAGAUCAAACUGUUGCGAUGUGUCAGAGAGAGCGACCCCGUAGACCCCAACAAGGAAAUGGUGGUCCAGCUUAUAGAUGAUUUCAAGAUCUCUGGACUCAACGGCAUUCAUGUGUGCAUGGUGUUUGAGGUGCUGGGGCACCACCUGCUCAAGUGGAUCAUUAAGUCCAACUACCAGGGCCUGCCGCUGCCGUGUGUCAAGAGCAUCAUCAGACAGGUCCUGCAGGGCCUGGAUUACCUGCACACCAAAUGUAAAAUCAUCCACACGGACAUCAAGCCAGAGAACAUCCUGAUGUGCGUGGACGACACCUUCGUGAGACGCAUGGCCAUGGAGGCCGCCGAGUGGCAGAAAGCAGGAGCUCCUCCCCCUUCCGGCUCGGCAGUUAGCACAGCCCCCCAACUCAAACCGGUGAGUACGACUGAUGCGGGAAAGUUGUCCAAGAACAAGAAAAAGAAACUGAAGAAGAAACAGAAGCGUCAGGCUGAGUUGCUGGAGAAGAGGAUGCUGGAGAUAGAAGCUCUGGAGAGGGAAGCCGAGAAGGAGAAAGAAGAGGAGGAGGAGGAGGAGCGAGCUGAAGAAGAAGAAGAAGAAGAAGAAGAAGCGGAAGAGGAGCGAGAAGAAGAAGAAGAAGCCACAGAAGACGAUGUCCAACUGCAGGAGGAGCAGCAGCAUGAAGGGGGGCCUUCAACGCCACCUUCAACAACAACACCACCGCCGGGCCCCCGCAUGGCCCCCGGGGAGAGCGAUGAGGAGAACGAGGAGGAUGAGGACGGGGAAGACGAGGAGGAGGAAGUUGGAGAGCGGCCCAUCCGGUUGACCAAUCAUACAUGCGCGGCGUCCACCGAGGAGCCCAGCCAGGUACCCGUCGUCGCUGAAGAUGACUGUGAUGAAGACGCAGAGGAUGAGGAGCCCACGCCCGUGGCUGAAAAGGACGCCCCCAUCCCUCCGGUUUCAGUGGAAGGUAAUGGAGAUUCAACACAAGCAGAGGAGGUGGAGGAAGAGGAGGCGGAGGAAGAGCCCGAGGAGGAGGAGAAUCAAGAGCGAGUAAACGCGGAGCAGGGAGAGACUGAGCUUGAGGAGAAGGUGCCAGAAGAAGAGGUGGAGGAAGAAGAGUCCAAGGAGGAUGAUGAGGACGACGACACCACCGCCGACCUCCUCACAGACACCAGUUCCCCCAUCAAGUCCCUCCCCAAUAAAAGCAGCCUGGCCAAAACCAACGGCCACAUUCUACUUGGCUCCGAGGUCCUCAUAUCCAACCCCUCCGUGCCCCCGCCCCCUUCGCCCACCCCAGAACCCCUCCUCUGCCCCCUGGUGGAGUCCGAGCUCAGCUACACCGACCGGGACCUUUCACUCAGCUCCGGCUACGAGAUGUACAACGGCGAAGCGGUCGAGGCGAGCGAGGCGGGCCUGACCAACGGUUCUAGCGAGCGCCAUCGCGCCGCAGCCGUGCCCCUUUUUCCGGAUUUGCCGCUGGACCCAGAGCCAGGGAACCCUGUGUGCGUGGAAACGGCCGACAUCGGAGCGGGGCAGUCGCCGGACAGCCCCGUGGCCGACCGCAGCCGCACCGUGUCAUCCUCCAGCACGGGAGAAACGCCCAAAGUUCGGGCCAGAGCUGCAGAUCUGCUCAUUAACCCACUCGACCCCCGCAACGCCGAAUCCAUUCGAGUGAAAAUAGCUGACCUUGGAAAUGCCUGCUGGGUGCACAAGCACUUUACAGAAGACAUCCAGACCAGACAGUACCGCUCCAUCGAGGUGCUGAUAGGAGCAGGCUACAGCACUCCUGCAGACAUCUGGAGCACCGCCUGCAUGGCCUUUGAGCUGGCAACGGGAGACUACCUGUUUGAACCCCACUCAGGAGAGGACUACUCCAGGGAUGAGGACCACAUAGCCCACAUUAUAGAGCUGCUGGGUUGUAUUCCAAGGCACUUUGCGCUGUCUGGAAAAUAUUCCCGGGAGUUCUUCAACAGAAGAGGUGAGCUGCGACACAUCACCAAGCUGAAGCCAUGGUCGUUGUUCGAUGUGCUGGUGGAGAAGUACGGCUGGGCGCACGAAGACGCCGGCCACUUCACCCACUUCCUGCUGCCCAUGCUGGAGAUGGUGCCUGAGAAAAGGGCGUCAGCGGGCGAAUGCCUCAACCACCCGUGGCUCAACUCAUAGUCCACCGGCCUCCCCCCUCCCACCCGCCGCUCCGGAAACCCUUUUUUUUUUCUUAGCUGCCCCUUAACAGCCUCACCCUCCCCCCCUGGUGGCAGCCUGUGGUACUACAGCCCUUCCGUGUUGUCCUGAAUGUAAAGACGAGCUUGUGGAUUAAGACUUUGUGUCUUCCGGAACAUCCCAAAGCGGAUGGAUGCUGCUCAUGUCAAGAGAGAGAAACUCCAUGCUAGCUCACCCCCACUUCAAGAAGACUCUACCUGGAUUACUGCCGAGCUUCACCUGCCAUGACCUUCAACCUACAGCCAUGUUUCCUCCAAGAAUGGCCUCCACAAAGCAAGAAGGGACUUCUUUUGAAAAAUGCAUGGGCGUGCACUGGUAAAUGAUGCGUUCCUGUUAUGGACCGCCAGGAAUAUUUAACUCUGGUGUUAAAUGGUACUCGUCCCCUCCUCCCUUUUGUUCCCCCCCUUUUUGUACAUAAGACUCAGAUUUGGCAACGCACACGAGCAUCAUUCCACGAGUCAAAUUUAUGAAGAGCAGCAAAGCCACCUCCUCCGGAUGACUAUGCCGCCACCUGGUGGCCGAAUGACAAUACUGCAACACCACUACCGCCGCUGCUGCCAACACUUAUUCUACUAUUGCUCCACUCACAUUAUCACAACUAGUCCGGUUGCCUAUUUUUUGCAAUAAAUAAAAAAAAAAAACAAGUAUAAGUAAAUGGUGAGAUAUUUUUAAAAAAAAUAUUUAAUUCAUUUAAAAAAGAAAAGGAAAAAAAAUGGUUGUCGUGACAGAAUCUUCUGAGGUGAUUGUGUUUGUCUAUUAGAGUAUUUCUAUUAUUAUUCCUGUUAGUUAAUAUUAUCAUUAGAAUUUUUUAAACCUCCUUAGCCGAACAGAGCUGCUCCAAGAAAAAAAAAUCGCAUAUGUGAUGUUUUUUUUUCCUGGCACCAAAAUCCUUAUUUCACUCUCAGCCAUGCUGACUGUUCUUCCCGAUGACAAAAGUGCGUCUGUUGUCUGUGUUUUUCAUCAACUGAUUUCAAUAAAAUGCUAAACAAACAGACGGCAUGGUGCAUUUGCUCUAACAUGUUGGUGCAGUCAAGCUCUGGAAAACAAAUUAGCAUGGAUUCCCUUUAUUAUGGAUGGAUAUGUUUCAUCGCGUGUGUUCCCACCAAUUUAUGAGGUAACAGAGCAGAUAUUUUUUGUGGAAAAAUAAACAUAAAAAUACAUUAAUGACCUAAAAAUACAAAAAAAAUCUACUCACAGCAUUCCUCAAAUAGUGGCCUCCGCUCCAAUAGAUGCCAUACCCCAUCAUAAAACAUGCCUCCAUGCACCUGCUGUGUACUGUAAACACUAGUUUAAUAUAAACACAUUUCAGGAAAAAUAAAGAUAUACAGUAUAUUGGAAAAUGUAUCUGCACAAUUUAAAGCUUCCCCUCUAAUAAAUGUCCAAAAGGCCCCGUUACGCAAACAUGAUUUUUUAUUCAUUUUAAAUUGUAUAUAAUAUGUUCCAAAAUGUUUUAAAAAGGCUUCUCUACACAUCUUAAAAUCAACUAUAGACGUACUGUAGGAGCCAAGUUUGAGGAUUUUGUUUUAGUCUAUCAUGAUGUUAAAAUGUGAGUGUAGUGUUAGCACUUUAGCGUCACAUAGCUAGGCUAGUGUUGCUAGCGAUUGUGUCCCUUCUCACGCUCACUCUUCAAUGUUGUGUUGGACAUGUAUAGAGUUAGGGUGCAUAUGUCACAAAUGGAUCGAGUACACAACAGCUCAUUAGCAUUAAAGCUACAGACACACAAAACUGUGUUCCCAGUAAAAAGCAUGUUUAGUCAAAAUCCCAGGCUAGAUUUUAGAGUUUCAAUACACUAUUGUGUAUGCAAAAAACAAAACCAAACACCAUAACCUUUUAUCGUAACGCCACAUACUCUCUGCAGUUAAGUAACCUUCUGCCACUAUGAGGAAAUUCCUUUUUUUUUUCUUCUUGCACCAUUGCACUGUGAUCAUUCACCCGAUAUUUACAGACACAAAACUUGUUGAGGUAUUUUGGCAUCAAAACUUGUAAUGUGUGAUUAUGACGAGGAAGAGUUCUUGAGCAGCAAAGGUUUGGCCAAGUCCAGGAUAUCCAGGUUGGGGUCCAAGGACCUGCCCAGGCCUUCCAGCACCAUGAUGGCAAAAACUAUAGACGCAAAGUUGCUCUCCAGCUUCACCUGGAAAAAAAGAAAAGACCGUUAUCGAUAUCAUAAGCGGCCUUCCUGAGACGCUUUCCUUUUCCUUUACUUUGUGUUUGAUGAGGAGACCGAAGACUCUGGAUAGCAAGUCCGCGACCUGGACCUGCAACACAAACACGCGUCAAGUCAGCAGGUAAAAGAUCAUUU